AUGGACGAACACAAAAAGUUUCUAGCAGAUCGUCUGCUUAGUGAAGAACGACCGAUCACGUAUCGGCUCUUGAGUCGAGCUCUAGAUGUGCAUGUCAACACCGCAAAGGAAAUGCUCUAUGAUUUUCACAACUACCAGAAUGCCCAAAAAUCCCAUUCAGUCCACGCGACCUAUUUGGUUUAUGGUACCAAAAAUGUAGACAACGAGCAAUCUAAUGGUGAUGUGGAAAUGUCGAGCUCAAUCCCUGAGCAAGAUGAGACUCCAGUUUCUACCCUGACCCUGGUACGGGAAGAGGAACUGAAUGAUAUUCUGACGGCAUACCAAGAAGUGACUUCAAUUCAUGUUUACAGUCUUGCACCGCACCCGCAGAAAGAUUUCUCUCUCCUGUCAGAUCUUGCGACACAACUCUCAGAGUAUUCGACAGAUGGAGACAUAACUUCUGCAUCUAAGAAGUACGGAGUUAUCAGUAAUCCGAAUGCUCGACGAAGAGAGCGAAAGGGUCGCCUGCAACCGCCUGCAUCAGCCCCAUCGCAGGCUAUGAAGAAAGAGUCGACUGCAAAGCCCAAGCAGGAAGCUUCAUCUGCCGCAGCUAAUAAGAAGGAUACCAAGGCUGCUAAGAAAGAAGCAGCAGCAUCCUCAUCCAAGGAUGGGGCACCUGCUCCAAGUGGUGGGAAGAAACCGGCAGCUCCUCUAAAACGAGGCGCAUCAGGUGGAAUCAUGCAAUCUUUUGCAAGAGCAGCUGCGAAACCUGCUAAGCCUAAGCCUACCCCCAAAAAGGAGGAGGAUUCUGCUAUGGCUCUGUCUGACGACGGAGAGGCAGACGACUCUGAUAUAGUCGCGACUAAAAGCUCGAAGCCUGCGGCUGACCUGACAGACAUCAAGAAGAGGCGACAAGAACGAGAAGAUGUACUGCGAAAGAUGAUGGAGGAUGACGAUGAGGACGAAAAGGAAGAAUCCGACAAGGAGUCUGAACAAGCCGACGAAGAGAUGGAGGAGGCACCAGAGCCAGAACUAGAACCAGAACCCGCGGUCAAAAACGAAACGGAGGAGCCCGCUGAAUCGGUUUCGAACACCAGCAAUGGACGCAGAAGGGGCAAGAGACGAGUAAUGAAGAAGAAGCGAAUCCUCGACGACCAGGGAUACAUGGUCACAAUCCAAGAGCCAGGCUGGGAAUCCUUCUCAGAGGAUGAGGCCCCUCCACCAGCAAAGAAGGCUGCGCCAACACCGACCCCAUCAUCAUCCACUGGAUCCAAGGCGACGAAGCCUGCAGCCAAGGGACAGGGAAACAUUAUGUCCUUCUUUUCGAAGAAGUAG